AAAGGGCCAAAAAUAAGGACAAAUUUUAAAUAUUGCCCUUAUACAUAGCCGGCUUUAGCCACAGGUCAAAUAAGCAACUGCCUAGGCUGCUACUCUGGCACAGGCACUUUUCCAGUAUUUAUUUGUAUAUUUUUGUAGUAAAUAAAUGGUUUAUUUAAAAUGUGUUGAAUGAAUACGGUAAAAACUACAGAGUAAUGCAAACUGUGAGAAAAACUAAAAAAAAAGUAAUGUGGAUGGUGUAGGUAGUCCAGGAUGGGGGCAUUGGGUGAUAUGUUGGGUGGCGCUGUGGAGCCCUUUUACCUAGUUCACCAUCUGACCAUAGGCUGGCCCUACUCUCAUAAAUUUAGAAAGUUGCUAGAAUAACAGGUUUUAUGUUAUCGUGCAUUUUUGAAGGAAACGGAGUCUGAAACUCAAACGUACGUAAUUUAGUGAAUCCAGUCCUCAGUGUGCCAGAAAUUCACACAUUUUAUGCGAAACAGUCCAAGAGUACGAGGCAAAAUCUUGACAUUCUGUAAAAAUCUGGACAUCUGAGAAGUGUGGCCUGUACUUUUUUCUUCUUUUGUUGAUUAUCAAGACAAGAAAAGAUAAAAUAAAAGGCGACUCCUAAGACGAAUCUUUAUUAUAACUUUUGUUGUGUGCAAUAACAUGUCGUCAUGGAGUUUAAGUCAGAGCUCCAAAGUUACUUCUGUGUUGUACAAAUACAGUUUUAAAGACGACAUACUGGGCCUUUAAUACUUCCACCUUGUUUGUUUUACGUCUUAUCUGUAACCGUUACUUUCUGUCAGAUGUGUAACCCAGAAUUUAUCAUCUUUGUGUAAUAAUUAAGUUCCCCCUGCACUUCAUCAAAGUUUACAUCUGCUGCCUGCCCUCCGUGCAGCCCGUUCCACAGCCAGCUGAAGAGAGCCAAUCCACAUUUUUCCUAGUUACGAUUUUUUUCUCACAUUCUCGCCUUUGUUUCCUGCGGAAGGACUUUGUGGAACAACUUUCCUUGUCAGUCUUUUUCCAAUCUUCUUUUGCCAUUUUUCCUUCGAUUCGGCAGAAUAAAAAUAUAUGAGUGUCAGCAGCAGAGCGAGAGUGCUUUUGCUUUUCUUCAGACUGUUUAUUCUUGAAUGAGAAGAACCAAGGAUGAAUAUAUUAAUUGGCUUGUUGCUGGUAGUAUCCUGCACUCAGAUCUCAACUUCAGCUGGCUGUAAUAAGGCGUUGUGUGCCAGUGAUGUUAGCAAGUGCCUUUUACAGGAGCUGUGUCAGUGUCAAGUAACUGAGGCAGGCUGCUCCUGCUGCAGAGAGUGCAUGCUAUGCCUGGGACCACUGUGGGAGCAGUGUUGUAAGUGCACUGGUUUGUGCAAGGAUAAGCAUGGUAAAGAUACUCAACACACAUCGCUGAGCUAUGUUGAUGACUUGCUUCUUCCUAUCCCAUCUCUUUUCCAAACAUUGGCUACAGUCCCUGAUAAUGAUGGAACCAGUGGCUGGACUUACCAUGUCCUUCCUGUGAGUGAUGAAGUAAACCAGCAAGAGCAUGAGAACCACAUCCUGCUGGGAUCACACAAAGUGAUGGAGGCAGUUAUUGUUCCACCAGUGGAAGACACAACAGACAACUGCACUGUUCUUUACUUCAACACCUGCGUCUCAAUCACACGAUGUAAACAGUCAUGUGAAUUGGUAGGGGCAUCCAAGUAUCGCUGGUUCCAGAAUGGUUGCUGCGAGUGCAUUGGAUGCAAUUGCAUAGCGUAUGGGAGCAAGGAACUUGGCUGCCAAAGUUGCAAGUCUUGAUUAUUUGUGCAGUCAUAUGGAGACAAAGUGAAAUCUUAAGAAAUGUUUGUACAGUUUACUGGCUGAUUGCAAGCUUUUAGAUUUUUAAGAGAUGGGUACUUAAAUUGUUUACUAUAAAGUUAGGGCAUGAGCAAUGAUCUGCAGUUCUUUCUGUUAGUAUGACUCUUAAGUAGCUCUUUGUAACACUAAGACAGCCUUAGUAAUGCUCAAAGCAAGGAUAUAUUCACUUUAAUUGGCUUAUAGCAUAUUUUUCUAUGCAAAAGGACCAUAACUGUGUAGGUGGUUACCCUGCAGGAUUGAUUACCCUGUACAAACACGACUACCCUUCUGUUAGUUAAACUGUAGUAGUGUUUUGCAGCACAUUUUCUUUUUGUGACUCUUUGGUUACCAUCCAGACGUGGUGAUCAUGUAGAACUGUUUUCUGUGUCUUAGCUCACGGUGUUAACAGCUGCCUUUUAUUACAUAUAUGUGGAAAAGUACCUCUAAUUGUCGUACUACCUAGCUAUUUGUAAUCUUAGAGUCAACAAAAAGAGCAGUGAAGAGGUUAUACCAGAAGUUGGGUACAUGUCUUGUGUUGCUUUCUUCAGAGGCAGCUAACUCAAGCCUCCAGUCAUGAUAGGUGAGGGAGUUUUUUCUUUUAGAUGUAGUUCAGAUAUUAAAAGUUUAGGUGCUGGAAGCAAGCUCUCUCUAUCCCUUCCAUAAUUGCAAUUUCAUUGGAUGUCUGCUCUAAUAGCUCUCAAUGCCUUUAGUAAUCACUUGAUAAUUGUGACUAAAUACCUAGUUUGCCUCCCAUCUGUAAUUCCUGCCAUGACUUAAUCCAGUUAAUAAUACUCCACCAUUGUAGCCAUGCACCUUAGAUAGCAACUUUGAGAGCUGCCUUGGUUUCAUUUUCAGAUGCAUGGCCUGUAAGUUUCUUCAGUUCAUUUGUGUGAAAGUUUCGCUUUUGUGCUUCAGGUGGGCAGAUAAUUGGGCACUGUUUGGCAUUUAUUGAGGAUCAUUAACUGUGACUGCCCAUGUAUUCUUGCAUUUCCUGGCAUA